AUUUUUUCACACGUCACAAAUUAUGAAACCAAUUAUCCUCAUCGUACUUCUACUCGGAGCAUGGGCACAGGAAAAGACAAACAAAGUUGAAUGCCCUGUCAUUGGUAUUGAUUUAGGAACAACAUAUUCAUGUGUUGGAAUUUAUAAAAAUGGAAAUGUCGAAAUCAUUCCAAACGAAUAAGGAAACAGAAUUACACCCUCAGUCGUAGCAUUUACAGAUGAAGAACGUCUCAUUGGAGAAGCUGCUAAAAACUAAGCAGCAAUCAACCCUACCAGAACACUCUACGAUGUCAAAAGAUUGAUUGGAAGAAAGUAAGAAUCUUAAUCUAAUAGUAUUAUAGAUUCACAGAUUCCACAGUCCAAUAUGAUAAAAAGUUUAUGCCAUAUGAAAUCGUCGAUAAGGACACCAAACCAUACAUUAAGGUCACCAAUAUCAAGGGUCAUCAAUCCAAGAUCUUUGCCCCUGAAGAAAUUUCAGCUAUGGUUUUGACCAAAAUGAAGGAAAUCUCAGAAACCUAUUUGGGAAAGAAAGUUAUUAAUGCAGUUGUCACAGUGCCAGCCUAUUUCAAUGAUGCUUAAAGACAAGCUACCAAAGAUGCAGGAACCAUCUCAGGUUUGAAUGUAGUGAGAAUUCUCAAUGAACCAACAGCAGCAGCUAUAGCCUAUGGUCUUGAUAAGAAGGAUGGAGAAAAGAACAUCUUGGUCUUUGAUUUAGGAGGUGGUACUUUCGAUGUUUCCAUCUUGACUAUUGAUAAUGGUGUCUUUGAAGUCGUUGCCACUUCAGGAGAUACUCAUUUGGGAGGUGAAGAUUUCGAUCAAAGAGUCAUUGAUCAUUUCAUCAAGGUCAUUAAGAAGAAGCACAACAAAGACAUCAGCGCUGAUAAGAGAGCCAUCCAAAAAUUAAAGAGAGAAAUCGAAAAAUCAAAGAGAGCACUCUCAGCAACCCAUGAAACCAAGAUCGAAAUUGAAGAUUUAGUCGAUGGUUUGGACUUCAAUGAAGUACUCACCAGAGCUAAGUUCGAAGAAUUGAACAAUGAUCUCUUCAAGAAGACUACUGGACCCAUGUAAACUGCUUUGGAAGACUCUAAAUUCAAAAAGACUGAAAUUCACGAAAUCGUUUUGGUUGGAGGAUCAAGCAGAAUUCCAAAGAUUAGAUAAAUUGUUAAGGAUUUCUUCAAUGGAAAGGAAGCUAACACUGGUAUCAAUCCAGAUGAAGCUGUUUGCUAUGGUGCUGCCAUCUAAGGAGGUAUCAUCUGUGGUGAAGAAUCUAAUGAAACCAAAGGUUUGAUCGUUAUCGAUGCUACUCCUUUGAGUUUGGGUAUUGAAACUGUUGGUGGAGUCAUGACUAAGAUCAUUCCAAAGGGAUCAUACAUUCCAACCAAGAAAUCUCAAACCUUCACUACCUAUCAAGAUCAACAAUAAACUGUCACCAUCUCAGUUUUUGAAGGAGAAAGACCACUUGUUAAAGACAAUCACAAGUUAGGAACAUUCGAUUUGACAGGUAUCCCACCAGCUCCAAGAGGAACUCCUUAAAUUGAAGUUACUUUCGAAAUUGAUGCCAAUGGUAUCCUCCAAGUUGGUGCCCAAGAUAAGGGAACUGGAAACAAGAAUCAAAUUGUUAUCACCAACGAUUCAGGAAGAUUAUCAAAGGAAGAAAUCGACAAGAUGUUGAGAGAGGCUGAAGAGUUUGCUGAUUAAGAUAAGGCUGCUAAGGAAAGAAUUGACGCCAAGAACUCUUUGGAAAGUUACAUCUACUCAAUGAAGAACCAAAUUGAAGUAAUAUCUUAUAUUUAUCAAUUUAGGAUCCAGAGAAGUUGGCUAACAAAUUGUCUGAUGAUGACAAGGAUACUAUUAAGGAUGCUUUGAAGGACAGCUAAGAUUGGUUAGAUAAAAAUCAAAAUGCNAUUUCAGCUAUGGUUUUGACCAAAAUGAAGGAAAUCUCAGAAACCUAUUUGGGAAAGAAAGUUAUUAAUGCAGUUGUCACAGUGCCAGCCUAUUUCAAUGAUGCUUAAAGACAAGCUACCAAAGAUGCAGGAACCAUCUCAGGUUUGAAUGUAGUGAGAAUUCUCAAUGAACCAACAGCAGCAGCUAUAGCCUAUGGUCUUGAUAAGAAGGAUGGAGAAAAGAACAUCUUGGUCUUUGAUUUAGGAGGUGGUACUUUUGAUGUUUCCAUCUUGACUAUUGAUAAUGGUGUCUUUGAAGUCGUUGCCACUUCAGGAGAUACUCAUUUGGGAGGUGAAGAUUUCGAUCAAAGAGUCAUUGAUCAUUUCAUCAAGGUCAUUAAGAAGAAGCACAACAAAGACAUCAGCGCUGAUAAGAGAGCCAUCCAAAAAUUAAAGAGAGAAAUCGAAAAAUCAAAGAGAGCACUCUCAGCAACCCAUGAAACCAAGAUCGAAAUUGAAGAUUUAGUCGAUGGUUUGGACUUCAAUGAAGUACUCACCAGAGCUAAGUUCGAAGAAUUGAACAAUGAUCUCUUCAAGAAGACUACUGGACCCAUGUAAACUGCUUUGGAAGACUCUAAAUUCAAAAAGACUGAAAUUCACGAAAUCGUUUUGGUUGGAGGAUCAAGCAGAAUUCCAAAGAUUAGAUAAAUUGUUAAGGAUUUCUUCAAUGGAAAGGAAGCUAACACUGGUAUCAAUCCAGAUGAAGCUGUUUGCUAUGGUGCUGCCAUCUAAGGAGGUAUCAUCUGUGGUGAAGAAUCUAAUGAAACCAAAGGUUUGAUCGUUAUCGAUGCUACUCCUUUGAGUUUGGGUAUUGAAACUGUUGGUGGAGUCAUGACUAAGAUCAUUCCAAAGGGAUCAUACAUUCCAACCAAGAAAUCUCAAACCUUCACUACCUAUCAAGAUCAACAAUAAACUGUCACCAUCUCAGUUUUUGAAGGAGAAAGACCACUUGUUAAAGACAAUCACAAGUUAGGAACAUUCGAUUUGACAGGUAUCCCACCAGCUCCAAGAGGAACUCCUUAAAUUGAAGUUACUUUCGAAAUUGAUGCCAAUGGUAUCCUCCAAGUUGGUGCCCAAGAUAAGGGAACUGGAAACAAGAAUCAAAUUGUUAUCACCAACGAUUCAGGAAGAUUAUCAAAGGAAGAAAUCGACAAGAUGUUGAGAGAGGCUGAAGAGUUUGCUGAUUAAGAUAAGGCUGCUAAGGAAAGAAUUGACGCCAAGAACUCUUUGGAAAGUUACAUCUACUCAAUGAAGAACCAAAUUGAAGUAAUAUCUUAUAUUUAUCAAUUUAGGAUCCAGAGAAGUUGGCUAACAAAUUGUCUGAUGAUGACAAGGAUACUAUUAAGGAUGCUUUGAAGGACAGCUAAGAUUGGUUAGAUAAAAAUCAAAAUGCAGAGAAGGAAGACUAUGAAGAGGAACUCAAAGAAUUAGAAAAGUAUAUCAAUUUAAUAUAUUCUUUAGAAUCUGCAAUCCNUGAGAAUUCUCAAUGAACCAACAGCAGCAGCUAUAGCCUAUGGUCUUGAUAAGAAGGAUGGAGAAAAGAACAUCUUGGUCUUUGAUUUAGGAGGUGGUACUUUCGAUGUUUCCAUCUUGACUAUUGAUAAUGGUGUCUUUGAAGUCGUUGCCACUUCAGGAGAUACUCAUUUGGGAGGUGAAGAUUUCGAUCAAAGAGUCAUUGAUCAUUUCAUCAAGGUCAUUAAGAAGAAGCACAACAAAGACAUCAGCGCUGAUAAGAGAGCCAUCCAAAAAUUAAAGAGAGAAAUCGAAAAAUCAAAGAGAGCACUCUCAGCAACCCAUGAAACCAAGAUCGAAAUUGAAGAUUUAGUCGAUGGUUUGGACUUCAAUGAAGUACUCACCAGAGCUAAGUUCGAAGAAUUGAACAAUGAUCUCUUCAAGAAGACUACUGGACCCAUGUAAACUGCUUUGGAAGACUCUAAAUUCAAAAAGACUGAAAUUCACGAAAUCGUUUUGGUUGGAGGAUCAAGCAGAAUUCCAAAGAUUAGAUAAAUUGUUAAGGAUUUCUUCAAUGGAAAGGAAGCUAACACUGGUAUCAAUCCAGAUGAAGCUGUUUGCUAUGGUGCUGCCAUCUAAGGAGGUAUCAUCUGUGGUGAAGAAUCUAAUGAAACCAAAGGUUUGAUCGUUAUCGAUGCUACUCCUUUGAGUUUGGGUAUUGAAACUGUUGGUGGAGUCAUGACUAAGAUCAUUCCAAAGGGAUCAUACAUUCCAACCAAGAAAUCUCAAACCUUCACUACCUAUCAAGAUCAACAAUAAACUGUCACCAUCUCAGUUUUUGAAGGAGAAAGACCACUUGUUAAAGACAAUCACAAGUUAGGAACAUUCGAUUUGACAGGUAUCCCACCAGCUCCAAGAGGAACUCCUUAAAUUGAAGUUACUUUCGAAAUUGAUGCCAAUGGUAUCCUCCAAGUUGGUGCCCAAGAUAAGGGAACUGGAAACAAGAAUCAAAUUGUUAUCACCAACGAUUCAGGAAGAUUAUCAAAGGAAGAAAUCGACAAGAUGUUGAGAGAGGCUGAAGAAUUUGCUGAUUAAGAUAAGGCUGCUAAGGAAAGAAUUGACGCCAAGAACUCUUUGGAAAGUUACAUCUACUCAAUGAAGAACCAAAUUGAAGUAAUAACUUAUAUUUAUCAAUUUAGGAUCCAGAGAAGUUGGCUAACAAAUUGUCUGAUGAUGACAAGGAUACUAUUAAGGAUGCUUUGAAGGACAGCUAAGAUUGGUUAGAUAAAAAUCAAAAUGCAGAGAAGGAAGACUAUGAAGAGGAACUCAAAGAAUUAGAAAAGUAUAUCAAUUUAAUAUAUUCUUUAGAAUCUGCAAUCCAAUCAUUAGUAGAGUUUACUAAUAAUCUGGAAAAUAAUAAUAAGCAUCAGAUGACGACUACGAUUCCGAUUUAUGAUUUAUGUAUAUUUCUGUG